AUAAAGAGAGAGAGAGACAGAGAGAGAGAGAGAGAGACAGAGAGAGCCAGAGAUCCGCAGAGCUGGAGCGAUCUUCCCACGACCGAACCGCUACAGGACCUGAGACCAGUGCAUUAGACACGCAACCCCCUGCUGUGGGUUACCUCUGCUGUCCGGUAACCAGGUCGCCAUGCUGACCGUCUGAUUAGCCGUCUGUGUGCCUGGCUGGAGGAACUGACCGUUAUUCGGUGUACUGGGCCGUUAUUCAGUGGAUGUAUGUCGACGCCUCUCGGUAUGAAAUGUCUGAACUAACAACGAUGAGGAAUCUGCUGCUCGUGUUUCUCCUAACUGUCAUCUGCUUGAGACGCGAGGCGCUCUGCGGUUCUCCCAGUGUUCAGAUCGGAGGGCUGUUCCCACGCGGUGCUGAUCAGGAGUAUAGUGCGUUCCGGAUUGGAAUGGUCCAGUAUGGAACCCAGGACUUCCGCCUCACUCCUCACAUAGACAACCUGGAGGUUGCCAACAGCUUCGCUGUCACCAACUGCUUUUGUUCCCAGUUCUCCAGGGGUGUUUAUGCCAUCUUUGGUUUCUAUGACAAGAAGAGUGUGAACACCAUCACGUCUUUCUGUGAGACCCUCCACGUGUCCUUCAUCACACCGUCCUUCCCUGCUGAUGGACUCAAUCAGUUUGUCCUUCAGAUGAGACCCGACAUCAAGGGACCUCUGGUCAGCUUAGUGGAGUAUUACAAGUGGGACAAGUUCGCCUACCUCUAUGACAGUGACAGGGGUCUGUCCACCCUGCAAGUGAUCCUGGAUACAGCAGCAGAGAGGAAGUGGAUUGUAACAGCCAUCAACGUAGGCAACCUGAAGGAUGAGAGGAAGGACGAGGCAUAUCGCUCCAUGUUCCAAGACCUGGAGAUACGAAAGGAGAGGAGAGUCAUUCUGGACUGUGAACAAGACAAGGUUAAAGACAUCAUGGACCAGGUCAUCACCAUUGGCCGACAUGUUAAAGGAUACCAUUACAUCAUCGCUAACCUGGGCUUCGUUGAUGGUGACCUGUCUAAGAUCCAGUAUGGGGGAGCCAAUGUGUCGGGUUUCCAGAUUGUUGACUUUGAGGAGCCACUCGUCUCCAAGUUCGACCAGAGAUGGGAAGCACUGGAGGAGAAAGAGUACCCUGGUGCUGACAGCAGGAUCAGGUACACAUCAGCUCUGACUUAUGAUGCGGUCCAGGUUAUGACUGAAGCGUUCCGGACACUCACCAAGCAGCGGAUCGAUUUCAGUCGUCGUGGUAAUAACGGGGACUGUCUGGCCAAUCCAGCAGUGCCCUGGUCUCAGGGGAUGGAGAUAGAACGCGCUCUCAAACAGGUGCGUGUGGAUGGGCUGACAGGUAAUAUCCAGUUUGACCAGUAUGGUAAAAGAGUCAACUACUCCGUCAACGUGAUGGAACUGAAGAACACUGGACCAGUUAAGAUUGGCUACUGGAAUGAAGUGGACAAGAUGGUGGUGACUAAACUAGACAUCUUCCCCAACGACACUAAUGGGAUGGAGAACAAGACUGUUAUCGUCACAACUAUCCUGGAAGCUCCAUACGUGAUGCUAAAGAAGAAUGCUGAGUUGUUCCUAGACAACGACCGUUACGAAGGCUACUGCGUCGACCUGGCAGCAGAGAUUGCUAAGCACUGUGGGAUACGCUACCAGCUAAGGAUUGUGGGAGAUGGAAAGUACGGAGCUCGAGACGCUGAAACCAAGAUCUGGAACGGGAUGGUUGGAGAGCUGGUGUACGGGAAAGCAGACAUAGCCGUAGCCCCUCUCACUAUCACCCUGGUCAGAGAGGAGGUGAUCGACUUCUCCAAGCCAUUCAUGUCUCUGGGCAUCUCCAUCAUGAUCAAGAAGCCCCAGAAGUCUAAACCAGGGGUUUUCUCCUUCCUGGACCCGCUGGCCUAUGAGAUCUGGAUGUGUAUAGUGUUUGCCUACAUCGGUGUGAGCGUGGUGCUGUUCCUGGUGAGCCGGUUCAGCCCGUAUGAAUGGCACAUGGAGGAGUAUGAGGAUGGCCAGCUGCCCACCAGCGAGUCCUCUAAUGAGUUUGGGAUCUUUAACUCUCUGUGGUUCUCUCUAGGAGCCUUUAUGCAGCAAGGCUGUGAUAUCUCCCCAAGGUCUCUAUCAGGACGUAUAGUGGGUGGUGUGUGGUGGUUCUUCACUCUAAUCAUCAUCUCGUCCUACACGGCCAACCUGGCUGCCUUCCUCACUGUGGAGAGGAUGGUUUCUCCUAUAGAGGGAGCAGAGGACCUGGCUAAACAGACGGAGAUCGCCUACGGGACCCUGGACUCUGGCUCUACCAAGGAGUUUUUUAGGAGGUCGAAGAUAGCACUGUUUGACAAGAUGUGGCAGUACAUGAAGUCAGCAGAGCCGUCUCCGUUUGUGAAGAAGACAGCGGAGGGGGUGCUGAGAGUCAGGAAGUCCAAGGGGAAGUACGCGUACCUUCUGGAGUCCACCAUGAACGAGUACAUCGAGCAGAGGAAACCCUGCGACACCAUGAAGGUGGGAGGGAACCUGGACUCUAAAGGAUACGGCAUCGCCACGCCAAAAGGCUCCCCAUUAAGAAAUGCAGUGAACCUGGCCGUGUUAAAACUGAAUGAGCAGGGCCUGUUGGACAAACUGAAAAAUAAAUGGUGGUACGACAAGGGAGAGUGUGGCAGCGGAGGAGGAGAAAGCAAGGAGAAGACCAGUGCUCUGAGCCUCAGCAACGUAGCAGGUGUGUUCUAUAUCCUGGUUGGAGGGCUGGGUCUGGCCAUGCUGGUGGCCCUGGUGGAGUUCUGCUACAAGUCCCGGGCCGAGGCCAAGAGAAUGAAGGUGGCUCAGAACACACUGCACCUGGCUCAGAGCGCCCACAACCAGAACACCCUCCCCUCCUCCUCCUCCUCUCACAACUCACACAACUUUGCUACUUAUAAGGAAGGCUACAACGUGUACGGAAUGGAAAGUGUAAAAAUCUAGGAGGGAUGACAUUUACAGAUGCCAUGCGGAGUAAGGCCAGGCUGUCCAUCACGGGGUCCUCUGGAGAGAACGGGCGUGUUCUGACCCCUGACUUCUCUCACCCUCCUGACUUUCCCCGCGUCCCCUACCUCCGACCAGGACUACCCAUGAGCCUCAGCAUGACUGACCUCUCCUGACCACUCCCUCACAGUGCCUUACAGCCAAUCAGAUCACAGAGAGCCGCCGGCCAACUCCACAUCAACCCAUCACGUUUUUCAGAGGACUGGACUUCCUUCCCGCCCUCUUCUCUGAUUGGGCAGACAGCUCUGGGCUGGUGAUGUCAUCACUCUUCCCCUCUAAUCUCUCCCGGGAAGUGAAAACAACCAACCACGGCACACCUAUCCAUUUCCAUAGUGACCAGCUCUGAUUCAAGCACACGAGACUUCAGCUGCAUCAGACGCGAUUUUAUAAAGCAAGUUGAUCAUCUUCACAGGGGAAAUAAUUCUAUUUUUUAAGUAUUUUCAAAAGCUUCCAUUUAUUAGAGUGAGUCAAUAUGAUCGCCUGUAUACUCCGACUUCACUACCGCUCUGUACAUAGGACUAGUUAUAACAAUAAUAAUAACAAUAAUGUUAUAUUAAUUAUAUGAAUAAUAACUAUAAUAAUGAUGAUAAUAAUGCUUGCUCUGAACCCUAACCCCUGUUUUCACUAGAGACCUAGUUUGACCUCUGAACCCUAACCCCUGUUUUCACUAGAGACCUAGUUUGACCUCUGAAUCCUAACCCCUGUUUUCACUAGAGACCUAGUUUGACCUCUGAACCCUAACUCCUGUUUUCACUAGAGCCCUAGUUUGACCUCUGAACCCUAACCCCUGUUUUCACUAGAGACCUAGUUUGACCUCUGAACCCUAACCCUUGUUUUCACUAGAGACCUAGUUUGACGUCUGAACCCUAACCCCUGUUUUCACUAAAAACCUAGUUUGACCCUAAAACAACAGAUGGCACUGAGGCCAGAAACUAAAAAUAGACAUAUAUGGCCCAUGAACAACAGACAUACUGUAUAUGGCCCAUGAACAACAGACUUUGGUCUUUAUAUGGACAAAAGACAGUGCCAUAGAGUACCAAUGCCAAGUACAGGAGAGUGCCAAAAGAGGGACUUGAACCAAUAAGCUGGUUCAGCCAAAAGAGGGACUUGAACCAAUAAGCUGGUUCAGCCAAAAGGGGGACUUGAACCAAUAAGCUGGUUCAGCCAAAAGGGGGACUUGAACCAAUAAGCUGGUUCAGCCAAAAGGGGGACUUGAACCAAUAACCUGUUCAGCCAAAAGAGGGACUUGAAUCAAUAAGCUGGUUCAGCCAAAAGGACUUGAACUAAUAAGCUGGUUCAGCCAAAAGGACUUGAACCAAUAAGCUGGUUCAGCCAAAAGGACUUGAACCAAUAAGCUGGUUCAGCCAAAAGGACGAGAACCAAUAAGCUGAUUCAGCCAAAAGGACUUGAACCAAUAAGAUGGUUCAGCCAAAAGGACGAGAACCAAUAAGCGGGUUCAGCCAAAAGGACUUGAACCGAUAACAAGGUCCAGCCAAAAGGACUUGAACCGAUAACAAGGUCCAGCCAAAAGGACGAGAACCAAUAAGCUGGUUCAGCCAAAAGAGGGAGUUGAACUAAUAACCAGCUAAUGCACAGUGACUCCCUCUAAAUUCUUGAUUACUUUACUACUGAACUCUGAUGAAGAUGAUGAUGAUGGUGGUAAUGAUGAUGGUGAUGAUGGUGAUGAUAAUGAUGAUGGUGAUGAUAAUGAUGCUGGUAAUGAUGCUGAUAAUGGUAAUGAUGAUGAUGAUAAUGGUAAUGAUGGUGAUGGUAAUGAUGGUGGUGAUCACGAUGAUGGUAAUGAUGCUGAUGAUGAUGAUGAUGUGUUUACUGUGCUCUACAAGCAGGACUAGUAGGGACAUGCAUGAUGGUGAUGAUGAUGGUAAUGAUAAUGAUGAUGGGACAUGCAUGAUGGUGAUGAUGAUGGUAAUGAUGAUGAUGAUGAUGGGACAUGCAUGCUUAUCUCUGCACCACAUUUCUGUUCUGACCCAGUUGUUAUUGCCACUGAAGACUCCGGUCACUCAGUCAGCCUCACAGGGGGUCACUUCCCUAUUAACAUGAUGUAUAGGUCAAUAUUACACAUUGAUUUAUUAUAUUGAUACUGAUCACUUUUAUAUUAUCUACCAAGCUGUGUUAGCACUGGUGAUGCUACUAGCGCUUCAAUGCACUGGAUUUAAUGUAUAUAAAUCACUAAGUGGAGAGAGAGACAGGAGAGAGAGGAUAGAGACAGAGAGAGGUUUUGUGUGUGUGUGUGUGUGUGUGUGUGUGUGUGUGUGUGUGUGUGUGUGUGUGUGUGUGUGUGUGUGUGUGUGUGUGUGUGUGUGUGUGUGUGUAGGGUUAGAUUGAGGAUAUGGCUCUUGUUGCACACAGAGGACUCAGCACAAGCAACCUCUACACAGACAUAGAUAUACACUACACUAGAUCAAUUCGGCUGUUUUCUAUAACUCUAUCUCUAUUAAAACCAACACAAUAGUGCAAGGUUUUACAUGUGUUCUACUCUACUACAUACUAACGUCAUCUAACCUGUACAGAACUCUCUCUCUGACAUGAAGUCCCUCUCUUCUCUGUCUGGCCUGGUGACAUCACGCGCUCUUCUCUGUCACCUGCUGGACACUCUACACACUGCUGCCAGACAGAAGAGAAGUGUGGGCCGUGUCUGAAAUCUGUCUUUCCCUACUACUUUGUAAAACUACAUACUGUGUACUAAUCAUACUACAUACUAUUUAGAAUGUAGUGUUUAGUAUAAAUAUAUUCAGUAAGCAGCACAUCAACAUCCUACCCUCAUCCACACUGAGAAGGCUUCAUCUAAUCAGCAAUUGUGUUGGUUGAUAGUCAGUCCUCGGAUCUGAUCAACUGAUUAUGAAAAGGCUAGUCUCUUCCUCAAUAUUCAGUGAAUUCUACUAGAUAAAGACCAGUCUCUUCCUCAAUAUUCAGUGAAUUCUACUGGAUAAAGACCAGUCUCUUCCUCAAUAUUCAGUGAAUUCUACUGGAUAAAGACCAGUCUCUUCCUCAAUAUUCAGUGAAUUCUACUGGAUAAAGACCAGUCUCUUCCUCAAUAGAGUUCAGUGAAUUCUACUAGAUAAAGACCAGUCUCUUCCUCAAUAGAGUUCAGUGAAUUCUACUAGAUAAAGACCAGUCUCUUCCUCAAUAGAGUUCAGUGAAUUCUACUAGAUAAAGACCAGUCUCUUCCUCAAUAGAGUUCAGUGAAUUCUACUAGAUAAAGACCAGUCUCUUCCUCAAUAGAGUUCAGUGAAUUCUACUAGAUAAAGACCAGUCUCUUCCUCAAUAGAGUUCAGUGAAUUCUACUGGAUAAAGACCAGUCUCUUCCUCAAUAGAGUUCAGUGAAUUCUACUGGAUAAAGACCAGUCUCUUCCUCAAUAGAGUUCAGUGAAUUCUACUAGAUAAAGACCAGUCUCUUCCUCAAUAGAGUUCAGUGAAUUCUACUAGAUAAAGACCAGUCUCUUCCUCAAUAGAGUUCAGUGAAUUCUACUGGAUAAAGACCAGUCUCUUCCUCAAUAGAGUUCAGUGAAUUCUAGUUGGUGAAAAGCCCAAAUGUGUAUAAGAUUUAAAACACUACAUUUUCAACCUUUUUAUUUCCAUACCCAUCUGCCUAAUGUUUAGAACGCCAGUAGGGGUAUUCGGACACGCCCCCCCGACUGUCAUGUUCUUGUUUUCAGAGUUCUAUGUUCAGAUAAUCAGUACCUCACCUCUACAGGUGUGUGUUCUUUCUUUCUUAUAUCUAAACUGUUCCUGUGUGUUUAUAUAUAACAAGGUUAUAAUUAAGAGUCUCAAAGUGUUUUGGAACUGGACUGUGUGCCAUCUGACUGAUUUAUUUUUAGGGACUGUUUUUAAAUAAAGAUUGCCAUAAGCUUCUUCA